UUCUUUUUUAUUAUUAUUUAUACAGCAUUCGAGAGGAAACUCCAUUAAUCAGACGGAAGACCGCCUAAAGCCGUGAGGGCCUCUUUGUCCACGUAAAUCAAGAUAAAUGGAAGGGAAACACGCUGGCUUUCAAUGGAGGUUCAAGUUUUUGCUUGGAUAACUGCUCUGGAACAAUCUCUGGAAGCUUUUGCUCAUCUCCAAAGAGAUUUUUGCUGACAAAAUCGCGUAUUUUGAGCUUAAACACUUAAGUUUGAAUUUGAAAGAGUUGAAGUCUCUGUAGAUGAAGUAGACAGCAGAGGAGCAGCAGAUGAUCAACGCAGGAAUGGAUCGCUUGCUCACAAAGUUUCUCAGACCAUAAAAUCAGCCAUGAAUUCCUUAAAAAAGGAGAGUGAUAAUGUGGAAGCUAAUAGGUUACCUGGGCAUUCUCCUUUGGGAAAUUCAGUACUUCAGCUAUCUUCAAUGGAAGGUGUACCAAUUGCGACCUCAUCUCCGAGAGCUUUGGAGCAUUGCAAAACAGCACCUGCAGGCACUAAUAUUUCCCAAAACUUGUUAAUUGAAAACUCGCACAUGGCAUUAUCAAGGUCUAAGACCGAGAAAAAGGAUAUACAAAAGCACGACUUGAAGUUAGAUAGACUCUCCGAUCGUGAAAAGAAGAAGAUAAUCGAGAAUCUUGCCAGAGUACAAGAUAAUGGAAUAGUGGAGGUUGAUGUUGCUCUGAGUGCUCCUGUGGCAUCGGAACUGUUAGAGCUCGAUGUUGUUGAUGCUGUACAUGGUGAUGUAGCAGAAUUAAUUGAAUGUAGUAAAUCUGUUCCAAAGUUAAAAGUUGCGAUGCUUGUAGUUGGAACAAGAGGAGAUGUUCAGCCUUUUGUAGCUAUUGCGAAGCGCCUACAGGAGUUCGGUCAUCAUGUUAGAUUAGCAACGCAUGCCAACUUCCGAUCCUUCGUGCGAGCAGCUAAUGUAGAAUUUUAUCCUCUUGGUGGGGAUCCUCGGAUUUUGGCUGGAUACAUGGCGAGAAACAAGGGCUUUCUGCCCUCUGGACCUGCAGAAAUAUCCAUCCAAAGGAAACAACUGAAAGUCAUUAUUGAUUCAUUGCUUCCAGCAUGCACAGAACCCGAUAUGGAAUCUGGUGUCCCCUUCCAGGCUCAGGCUAUUAUUGCGAAUCCUCCUGCAUAUGGACAUGCACAUGUCGCUGAAGCUCUUGGUGUGCCCCUCCACAUCUUUUUCACAAUGCCCUGGACGCCCACUUCUGUAUUUCCUCAUCCUCUGGCCCGUGUGUCUCAAAGUGCUGGCUAUCGACUUUCAUAUCUUGUCGUUGACUUACUUAUAUGGUGGGGCAUAAGGGGAUUCGUUAAUGACUUCCGGAGAAGGAAGUUGAAGCUUCCACCUAUUGCAUACUUCAGUACAUAUCAUGGAUCCAUUUCACAUUUGCCAACAGGAUACAUGUGGAGUCCGAAUCUGGUGCCUAAGCCAAAAGAUUGGGGACUUCUUGUGGAUGUUGUCGGCUUUUGUUUCUUGAAUCUUGGGACCAAGUAUCAGCCUGAGAAAGAGUUUCUGGAGUGGCUUCAAGCUGGAAUGAAGCCUAUAUAUGUUGGUUUCGGGAGCAUGCCUCUUGAAGAUGCAACAAAGACUACAAGCAUCAUCAUUGAGGCAUUGAAAGAUACUGGACAACGAGGAAUUAUUGGAAAGGGGUGGGGUGAUCUCGGAAAUCUUAUUGAAGUACCAGAAAGUGUUUUUCUUCUAAAGGACUGCCCGCAUGACUGGUUGUUUCCUCUUUGCUCUGCUGUUGUUCAUCAUGGUGGAGCUGGUACAACAGCCACAGGCUUAAGGGCUGGGUGCCCAACAACAAUCAUACCAUUUUUUGGUGAUCAGUUCUUCUGGGGUGAUAGAGUCCAUGAAAAAGGGGUUGGCCCUGCACCAAUACCAAUAUAUGAGCUCAGCGUGGAACGGCUUGCAAAUGCCAUAAGAUUUAUGCUUGAUCCAGAGGUGAAAUUGAAGGCAAUGGAGUUAGCCAAGGAAAUUGAGAAUGAAGAUGGUGUUGCUGCAGCAGUCGAUGCCUUUCAUAGACACUUACCUGAGGAAUUACCCCUUCCUUCCCCUCCGACUGAAGAACCCCCAAACCCUUUUGAUUGGAUUUUCCAAGCUCUGCAUAAGUGGUGUUGUCUUCCUUGUGGUGUUUAAUAUAAUUAUAAUUUCAACUCUUGUAUAUUAUCCAUUCAUUAUUCUUUAGGCAUUCUUGGGGUACAAUUGUUUGCACAAGGAGCCCACUGGCGAAAACUGAUGAAAAAUGUAUCUUGUAGCGAGAAAUUCUUGCCUUUGAAUUUUUCCUGUAUAUUUAUUAUAUACACGUUUUCUGUAUUUGGGAUGUUUGGUGGCCUGUAAUUCCUUUUGGCUUCCUCUAAGGUUGGAGAAUGCUUUCAAAACCUUUUCUGGAUUCACUAAGGAAAUUGACAAUAAGCAGGAUGCCUGAAAUCAGGAUUCGCUUCA